UGACUGCUGUGGUGUAUGGUAACGUGUCUUAAAUCUAGUCUCUGCCGCCCACAGGAACGGACGGAUGAGAUCGCCACCGUGGAGAGCAUCAACAACGGCAAGUCCAUCUUGGAGGCCCGCCUGGACAUCGACACCUCCUGGCAGUGCCUGGAGUACUACGCGGGCCUGGCGGGGUCCAUGGCCGGCGAGCAUAUCCAGCUCCCAGGCGGGUCCUUCGGUUACACCCGACGAGAGCCGCUGGGCGUGUGCGUGGGCAUAGGAGCCUGGAACUACCCCUUUCAGAUCGCCUCCUGGAAGUCGGCCCCCGCGUUAGCUUGUGGUAAGAAAGAGUUGUCCUCCUCUGUGAGUAGGGUCCUCUGCGUGGCCUCUCCCCUCACCUGUGCGCGCACACACUCACAUACCCACACAUGCACACACACACACACACACUCACUCAUACUCUACCCGUCCUGGCAGAGCCUGGUAGAGGCAGUGGAAAUGCUUCCAAAACACAGUGGGGGCAGUGACCAUGAGUAAAAGGGAGGUGGUGCU